AUGGCCUAUAACAUGGAGCCCUCUCCAAAGUCGAUGCAGGGCACCAUGAAUUCGUUCAACUUCAACUCUACCCGUAGCACACCAGAGCUGCCGGUUUCGCCCGACUUUGCUCUACAGGCCAGCGCGCUGCCAAACAGUGCCAACAGGAAUCAACAGAACUGCCACGAUUUAUUUGCCCAGCAGGGACGUUCCCUGUCGCAGGCUGCCCAUUAUUCGCUGGCGCCUGCUCUCAUGUAUCGCGAGUUAUCCAUUCGCUCAGAGCCCAUCAUGCACCAGAUGCAAACGACAUCAUCUGCAUCAACCGGGCGGCGCACCAGCCAUGAGAUGCUCUUCCGUCCUCUUGCUCAAGUUCAAGAGAAUUCUUCACCAGACAUUGGCGUGAACCCUCAGGUCUACCUUGCCAACAUGGACCCGAGCCCAAGCUACAUACAAUCCGCUACGCCCUCCAUGAUCACGGCAUCUACGGGCAUUGAGCACGCUCCUCCCAUGACCAGGGAGAACAGCUUUGUUCAUGCCAGCCCCCGCGUUGACAUCACGAGGAUGCCCUCAUCUGCAUCCUACGCCGACUCGCUCUCUGGCCAUGCCACAUCGAAUUUUCAGCAGUCAGACUGCUCCAACGCAUUCAACAUGCCCGAAGAUCUCCUGGCAGUGGGCUGUGGCUUCCCUAAUUCUACCACACUGCAAUACCCACCCCUUGAACAUCAAAUGUUGAUGUCCCCUGCCUUCACUCCCGCUUUCAUCGGUCCCACCGCUCCCGGGGCCGCUCUCAUGGAACGAGGAGACUCGACUUGCAGCAGCAAGUCGACCUCUUCUUUGGCAAACCGGGCCAGGGAGGCUACAAUCCGGGUUUUGCAAGCACAGUCGACCUCGAUUGCCCCCAUGCCCCAGCCACCAUCCCAAGAGCUGCCUCGAGCGACUCAUGGGAGGCGCACUACCCAGCAAGACAGCAAGGCCAAACAAAAGGCAAAGCAUGAUAAGCUUUACUGCAACCAUUGCAACGAAAUCCCCGAUGGGUUCCGGGGUGAUCAUGAGCUGAGGCGCCACACCGCCGCCAAGCAUCGCCGAAAGGUCAAGAAGUUUGUCUGCCGUGACCCAAGAGACAGCGGCAUCCCCACCAAGCUCAGGCCCCUCAACCCCCUUACGCGAUGCAAAGCCUGCGCCUCGGGAAAGCAGUAUAAUGCAUAUUACAACGCGGCAGCCCAUCUUCGGCGCACUCACUUCAGAGUGAAGCCAAGCCGAGGAAGGGGCGCCACGGGCAUAGGCGAGAAGAGAGGCGGCAAGGGAGGCGGCGAUUGGCCUCCCAUGCCUGAGCUCAAGGCAUGGUUUAUGGAGAUUGAAGUCAAGGCAGAUGGGCCUGCCUCGGUGGUUACGGGCGAUGACCCCCCAGAUGAAGGGUCUCUUUCCCCAACAUCUGCGUCCACUACGCACAUGAGCGCCGAUUCUGACACGAUCAGAGAAGGUAAAUCUACCGUGUUAGCGAGCUACGUGGACCAGCCAGCUCAGGAGGAGCAGCAGUUUCCCUUGCUGUCUGCUGUCGACGACAGUGACAUUGACCUGCUUGGCACAUCGCAAGGUUCUGAGACAUCUGUGUUUCAGCACGUGGAUGACUUGAGGCUCUUCGAUGUCGCAUGGCUUGACCUUCUGUCUAAUGCUGGUUUGGAUUAUCCGCAGCUCUAA